CGAAAUUCAGUGAUGAGGAUCUCAGUCCUGCGUGUGCCCUUUGAACAGUUUAUGUGUGUGUCACGACUGCCCGGGUUCUCGCACUUCGACGCCACUCAGGGCUCGCCCGUGGUUGACAGCGCGUGGUUCGCGCUGGACCCUCCUUCUCGUCUCCUCCUCUUUCCCUUCUCUCUCUCUCUCUCUCUCUCUCUCUCUCUCUGUCUCUCUCUCACUUUCUCUCUCUUUUCCUUCUUUCCUCUACUCCGCUCAUUCACGAGGGCUCGCUCACCAACUCUACACGAAACAGGGAUGCAGCGAGCGCAAGGCGCAGCCUGAAAAAUGGCACGAGUCUUCCCUGGGAUCUAUCCAUCCCUUUUCAUUUUCUCCCCCUUUCUUUUUCACGCGUUUGCGCCAUGUAAAGGCUUACGGAAUUACCCGGAGAAUGAAGUGACGUUGUUGGACUCCAUGUCUGCUCUGGGAGACCUGGGCUGGGAGGCAUACCCUGCAGAGGGGUGGGAAGAGAUCAGUGUGAUGGAUGAGAGGAACACUCCCAUGCGUACCUACCAAGUGUGUAACGUGAUGGAGGCCAGUCAGAAUAACUGGCUGAGGACGCGACACAUCGCCCGCGACGGAGCCCAGCGUGUCUACAUCGAGAUCAAGUUCACCCUCCGAGACUGUAACAGCCUGCCUGGAGUACCUGGCACCUGCAAAGAGACUUUCAACAUGUUCUACUAUGAGUCUAACAACGCCAACUUGUGGUUCAUCAAGGAGAGUCAGUAUAUCAAGAUAGACACCAUCGCUGCUGAUGAGAGCUUCACACAGGUGGAUGUGGGAGAUCGUGUGAUGAAGCUCAACACAGAGGUCCGUGACAUCAGUAACCUGAGUAAGAAGGGAUUCUACCUGGCCUUCCAGGACCUGGGAGCCUGCAUCGCUCUGGUCUCUGUCAGGAUCUUCUACAAGAAGUGUCCCUUCACCGUGCUCAACCUGGCCCAGUUCCCUGACACCGUCACGGGGGGCGACUCAGCCCUGGUGGAAGUGCGAGGGGUGUGUGUGAACGCCUCCCAGGAGUUUGAGACUCCCAGGAUGUACUGUAGCGCGGACGGGAGCUGGCUGGUGCCCAUCGGGAGGUGUGUGUGCGAGCCAGGGUAUGAGGAGCAUAAGGAUGGCUGCCAACCGUGCAGACCAGGCUCCUACAAGGCCUCAGCGACCGACGCCUACUGCACAAAAUGCCCGCCACAUAGCUCCUCCCACCUGGAGAGAGCGUCCGAGUGUGUGUGUGAGAAAGGCUUCCACCGCGCAGAGACGGACCCACGCUCCAUGGCUUGCACACGUCCCUGUUCUGCUCCAGAGAACCCCAUCUCCACUGUCAACGAGACGUGUGUCACACUAGAAUGGAGUCCCCCUCUUGACAUGGGAGGCCGAGGUGACAUCACCUACAGCCUCCACUGCAGGAAGUGCUCCGGUGACCGCAGGAAGUGCAUGCCCUGCGGUAACGGCGUACAUUUUGUGCCGAGGCAGUUUGGUCUCUCUGUGACUAUAGUGAUGGUCACUGAUCUGCAGCCACACAGCAAUUACAGCUUCACCAUUGAGAGCCUGAAUGGAGUUUCUGACCUGAGUCCUACACCCAGAGGAGCUGUGAUAGUUAAUGUCACCACCAGCCAGACAGUGAGUGUGGUCCUGAAGGAGAGGAGGAGUAAGGACAGUAUCACUCUGGCGUGGCAGGGCCCUGACAGACCCAAUGGAGCCAUAGUGGAGUAUGAAGUCAUUUAUUAUGAGAAGAACCAGAGAGAGCAGAACUACACAGUCCUAAAGACCAGGUCCAAUGUGAUGACUGUAGACGGUCUAAAGCCUGGUACUACAUAUGUGUUCCGUGUCCGAGCUAGAACCGACGGGGGAUACGGCAACUACGGAGGAGAGAUAGAACUGGAGACCAGCCACGAAGACAUGUUGGCCAUAGGAGACCCUAACCAGUCUACUAUCCUGGCUGUGUCCAUCACUGGAGGCAUCGUACUGCUCAUCUUCCUGGUGGCCUGCUUUGUUGUCAGUGGCAGACACUGUGGGUACAUCAAAGCCAAGCAGGACCCUGAUGAAGAGAAGCUUCAGUUUCAACAUGGAAGAGUCAAACUUCCUGGCAGUAAGAUAUAUAUCCAUCCACACACCUAUGAGGACCCUAACCAGGCAGUCAGAGACUUUGCCAAAGAGAUUGAUGCUUCCAGCAUCAGCAUAGAGAGAGUCAUCGGAGCGGGUGAGUUUGGGGAGGUGUGUAGUGGUUGUCUUCGACUCCAGGGGAAGAGGGAGAUCUACGUGGCCAUAAAGAGUCUGAAGGCAGGAUACGCUGACAAACAGAGGCGGGACUUCCUCUCUGAGGCCAGCAUCAUGGGACAGUUCGACCACCCAAACAUCAUCAGACUGGAGGGUGUGGUCACACGAUGUAAGCCAGUGAUGAUCAUCACAGAAUUUAUGGAGAAUGGAUCCCUAGAUACCUUUCUCAAGAAACACGACGGUCAGUUCACAGUGAUCCAGCUGGUGGGUAUGCUGCGGGGCAUUGCGUCGGGCAUGAAGUACCUGUCUGACAUGAGCUACGUCCACCGAGACCUGGCCGCACGCAACAUCUUGGUCAACAGCAACCUGGUGUGUAAGGUGUCUGACUUCGGCCUGUCACGAGUACUGGAGGAUGACCCUGAGGCAGCAUACACCACACAGGGAGGGAAGAUCCCCAUCCGAUGGACGUCUCCAGAGGCUAUUGCCUACAGGAAGUUCACGUCAGCCAGUGAUGUGUGGAGCUACGGCAUCGUCAUGUGGGAGGUGGUCUCAUACGGAGAGAGACCCUACUGGGAGAUGUCCAACCAGGAUGUGAUCAAAGCGAUAGAUGAGGGUUACCGUCUUCCGGCCCCUAUGGACUGUCCUGUGGUCCUCCACCAGCUGAUGUUGGAGUGUUGGGAGAAGGGCCGUAGCGAACGGCCUAAGUUUGGCCAGAUCGUCACCACCCUGGAUAAGCUGAUCAGAGACCCAGCCAGCCUCCGAGAGCUGGCCAACAGCUCAUUAUGGGAAGACCCGACCACUCCAGAGUUCAGUGUGAGCACGAUGGAGGAGUGGCUGGAUGCCAUCAAGAUGGGACAGUACAAGGGGAACUUCACCAAUGCUGGAUAUGUCACCCUGGACUCUGUCCUCUACAUCAGCAUCAGUGAGCUCGUUAAGAUGGAUGUGACCUUGGCGGGUCACCAGAAGAAGAUCAUCUCCAGUGUCCAGAUCCUUCAGUCCCAGGGGACCCACGUCCAAGUAUAACAGUUUCUCUAUAGAGACACACUGGGAGGGAAAGCCAAAAUGGAUGCUCUUCUCUGAGUUUACCCAUUGAGACACACUCAGAUUGAGCCAACAUGGACAUUCUGGGUUGGGUUUCCCCAUACAAAGACACUGAGAUGGAGCCGUAAUUUACGCUUAGCUCCUUUAUUUCCUCUUUGUAGUUUCAUCAUUCCACCUGUCCUGGAUGUUUUGAUAGCGUAGGCACUUCCAGCUUCCGUCCACGCCUUCAGAGGCCUAGCAACCCAGCAACCUAAGAUACCAGGCUUCAACCAAGACGUCUUUGUCCAUAUCAACAACAACAAUAACAAAGCUAAAAAAUGACAAAAAGAAAAUGUGAUUAUAAUGCUCAACAUUGUCUGUGAAGUUUAGUGUACAUUUAUUUUUAUGGUUGUUUCUUUUUUCAUUUUUUGAUUAGCUUUGUUAAUUUUCCACAUAAUUCACAUGAUCAAUAUUGUAUAUGUAUAGAUAAACGUUUACAAGAGGUGUGUGUCAGUCCGCCAGUCUAGAAAGUAAAGUUGUUAUCGCCAGGCAACGCAGGUGUGCUUUUCCUUCCUGGUGCAUGUGUUGUCAGGCCCCUCCUCUUUCUCUAAGCCCCUCCCCACAACGCUAUAGGACCAAUCAUUAUGUGUGGGGGAGAUAGGAGGGAGAAAUAGAAAGAUGUGAAAAUAUGAGAUGGAGAUGUCUAUUCAUGGUCUCAGAAGACUUCCGUUGCGUUUGGCCAGGGAUAGAUACAUGUAGGUCUUCCAUAGCCACGACUUCCAGACUCACACAGUUCACUUGAAUGAGAUGCCCUGCCAGAUUUCAUUUAGUACAGCCUACAGCAGCUACCUAUAGGUUGCAGUUAGUCAGAAACCUGCAGUUCAAUACAGUGUUAGUACAUUUUCUGCUAGAGUUUGCCCUUGUGACAGAAGAAGAGCAAAGUAGAUCAUCUGUGAAGUUGACACUGUUUGCAAUGUAUAUCUGUUUCUCAGAUGUUUCUCCAUGUAUAUUUAGUAUUGCUCUGAUAUGUUGGGCCAUGUCAGACAAGCAGGAUUGGUUGUGAGGUAGACUUGACUUGAGUGAGGUGAGUGGUGGUUUUUGCCUCAUUUCACCCCUGAUUAAUGUGGGUUUAGUCACAGUUUGUGCUAACCACCUCUGUUCAGUGACUAAUAUGGGUUUAGUCACAGUUUGUGCUAACCACCUCUGUUCAGUGACUAAUAUGGGUUCAGUCACAGUUUGUGCUAACCACCUCUGUUCAGUGACUAAUAUGGGUUCAGUCACAGUUUGUGCUAACCAUCUCUGUUCAGGGAUUAAUAUGGGUUCAAUCAUAGUUUGUGCUAACCAUCUCUGUUCAGUGAUUAAUAUGGGUUCAAUCAUAGUUUGUGCUAACCAUCUCUGUUCAGUGAUUAAUAUGGGUUCAAUCAUAGUUUGUGCUAACCAUCUCUGUUCAGUGAUUAAUAUGGGUUAAAUCAUACUUUGUGCUAACCAUCUCUGUUCAGUGAUUAAUAUUGGUUCAGUGACGGUUUGUGCUAACCAUCUCUGUUCAGUGAUUAAUAUGGGUUCAGUCACAGUUUGUGCUAACCAUCUCUGUUCAGGGAUUAAUAUGGGUUCAAUCAUAGUUUGUGCUAACCAUCUCUGUUCAGUGAUUAAUAUGGGUUCAAUCAUAGUUUGUGCUAACCAUCUCUGUUCAGUGAUUAAUAUGGGUUAAAUCAUACUUUGUGCUAACCAUCUCUGUUCAGUGAUUAAUAUUGGUUCAGUGACGGUUUGUGCUAACCAUCUCUGUUCAGUGAUUAAUAUGGGUUCAGUCACAGUUUGUGCUAACCAUCUCUGUUCAGGGAUUAAUAUGUGUUCAAUCAUAGUUUGUGCUAACCAUCUCUGUUCAGUGAUUAAUAUGGGUUCAAUCAUAGUUUGUGCUAACCAUCUCUGUUCAGUGAUUAAUAUGGGUUCAAUCAUAGUUUGUGCUAACCAUCUCUGUUCAGUGAUUAAUAUGGGUUAAAUCAUACUUUGUGCUAACCAUCUCUGUUCAGUGAUUAAUAUUGGUUCAGUGACGGUUUGUGCUAACCAUCUCUGUUCAGUGAUUAAUAUGGGUUAAAUCAUACUUUGUGCUAACCAUCUCUGUUCAGUGAUUAAUAUGGGUUCAAUCAUAGUUUGUGCUAACCAUCUCUGUUCAGUGAUUAAUAUUGGUUCAGUGACAGUUUGUGCUAACCAUCUCUGUUCAGUGAUUAAUAUGGGUUAAAUCAUACUUUGUGCUAACCAUCUCUGUUCAGUGAUUAAUAUGGGUUUAGUCACAGUUUGUGCUACCCACCUCUGUUCAGUGACUAAUAUGGGUUCAAUCACAGUUUGUGCUAACUAUCUCUGUUCAGUGAUUAAUAUGGGUUCAGUCACAGUUUGUGCUAACUAUCUCUGUUCAGUGAUAAAUAUGGGUUCAAUCAUAGUUUGUGCUAACCAUCUCUGUUCAGUGAUUAAUAUGGGUUCAGUCACAGUUUGUGCUAACCAUCUCUGUUCAGUGAUUAAUAUGGGUUCAAUCAUAGUUUGUGCUAACCAUCUCUGUUCAGUGAUUAAUAUGGGUUCAAUCAUAGUUUGUGCUAACCAUCUCUGUUCAUGAUUAAUAUGGGUUCAAUCAUAGUUUGUGCUAACCAUCUCUGUUCAGUGAUUAAUAUGGGUUCAAUCAUAGUUUGUGCUAACCAUCUCUGUUCAGUGAUUAAUAUGGGUUCAAUCAUAGUUUGUGCUAACCAUCUCUGUUCAGUGAUUAAUAUGGGUUCAAUCAUAGUUUGUGCUAACCAUCUCUGUUCAUGAUUAAUAUGGGUUCAAUCAUAGUUUGUGCUAACCAUCUCUGUUCAGUGAUUAAUAUGGGUUCAAUCAUAGUUUGUGCUAACCAUCUCUGUUCAGUGAUUAAUAUGGGUUCAAUCAUAGUUUGUGCUAACCAUCUCUGUUCAGUGAUUAAUAUGGGUUAAAUCAUACUUUGUGCUAACCAUCUCUGUUCAGUGAUUAAUAUUGGUUCAGUGACAGUUUGUGCUAACCAUCUCUGUUCAGUGAUUAAUAUGGGUUAAAUCAUACUUUGUGCUAACCAUCUCUGUUCAGUGAUUAAUAUGGGUUCAAUCAUACUUUGUGCUAACCAUCUCUGUUCAGUGAUUAAUAUGGGUUAAAUCAUACUUUGUGCUAACCAUCUCUGUUCGGUGAUUAAUAUGGGUUAAAUCAUACUUUGUGCUAACCAUCUCUGUUCAGUGAUUAAUAUGGGUUCAAUCAUAGUUUGUGCUAACCAUCUCUGUUCAGUGAUUAAUAUUGGUUAAAUCAUACUUUGUGCUAACCAUCUCUGUUCAGUGAUUAAUAUGGGUUCAAUCAUACUUUGUGCUAACCAUCUCUGUUCAGUGAUUAAUAUGGGUUAAAUCAUACUUUGUGCUAACCAUCUCUGUUCAGUGAUUAAUAUUGGUUCAGUGACAGUUUGUGCUAACCAUCUCUGUUCAGUGAUUAAUAUUGGUUAAAUCAUACUUUGUGCUAACCAUCUCUGUUCAGUGAUUAAUAUGGGUUCAAUCAUAGUUUGUGCUAACCAUCUCUGUUCAGUGAUUAAUAUUGGUUAAAUCAUAGUUUGUGCUAACCAUCUCUGUUCGGUGAUUAAUAUGGGUUAAAUCAUACUUUGUGCUAACCAUCUCUGUUCAGUGAUUAAUAUGGGUUCAAUCAUAGUUUGUGCUAACCAUCUCUGUUCAGUGAUUAAUAUUGGUUAAAUCAUAGUUUGUGCUAACCAUCUCUGUUCAGUGAUUAAUAUGGGUUAAAUCAUAGUUUGUGCUAACCAUCUCUGUUCAGUGAUUAAUAUUGGUUCAGUGACAGUUUGUGCUAACCAUCUCUGUUCAGUGUUUAAUAUGGGUUCAAUCAUACUUUGUGCUAACCAUCUCUGUUCAGUGAUUAAUAUUGGUUCAGUAACAGUUUGUGCUAACCAUCUCUGUUCAGUGAUUAAUAUGGGUUCAGUGACAGUUUGUGCUAACCACCUCUGUUCAGUGAUUUCAACUGCUUCCAAAUCUAUGAGUCAAGGCCUGCUAACCUAAUUUCCUGGAUAAGUAAAAAAACAUCAGUGUUCUGUACUCAACAGAACAACAUUUACUGCAUAUCAAAACCAACAUCCCCCUUGAUUUGGGAAGGGAAGAGUGGCGUUAUCCUUGAAAACCUGGUUAGCGGUUUAGUUUGAAAAUUGUCAUCAUUGUGCACUGUACAGCUGUAUGUAUCUGUUCAUGAUAACAGUGUUAUUCUACUACCUGACAGGACUACAAACACAGCAACAUACAGUAAAUACCAAUGUACCAUAAUGUAAAAUAUGUACAGUGUUGAUUUGAAACUCUAAAAUGUUUGUCACAAUAAUGGUGAUGAUGAUGAUGAUUACGUUGAUAAUGAUGGUGAUUAUAUACUUUUAUUCUGAAGGAGGAUCAUAGGAGAUGAGGCAGCGUGUGAUUCGUUGACCUGAUCUAUGGAAUGUACGUUGCGUAGCAUGAGUAUUAAGGUUCAGCCUCUGAUUGACCGGUAACAGGGGGUGCAGUUUUCCCUCGGGCGGAGGACCCGAGGAUGAUAAAAGUUAGAUGCCUUAUUUACUGUGCUACCUUUCUUUUAUGUCCCCCACCCCCCCUCCUCCCUAUGGAGGCGGAGUUAUGACUAUGUCUGUAUACAGCAUUCAUCUUUUUCCCCGAGGUGACAUCACAGAAAACAUCUGCUUUUCGAACUGACAACACCCCAACUUUUAGCACCUCUGUUAUUAUUCCUAAACUCUAUACUGCUGCUGUCCCACUGGGCACACUCCGGUUGAAUUCCACGUCAUUUUAACGGAAUUACGUUGAACCAAUGUGGAAUAGACAUUGAAUUAGGGUAGGGUAGGUCUACCACCUGUUUAUUGGAUACUGUAAUGAAAAGUACAUUAGAGAAUAAAUUGUUCUGUUUUGGUUCAAUAAUUAUACUUGUGGGUUUACCUGUGUAAGCUGGGUGCUGAAUUUACAGCAGAGAACCUUUAUAUCCAGAAGCUAAUUCAAGUGGUUCCAAUGUCUCCCACACAGACACAAACACGCAACAUGAUGUAGAUGAAAAAAUCCAACAACUAAAUGAACCUUUGUCUUUCCCGGAGGGGUCUCAGAUAAUGAUGUACUAGCAGAUGAUGAUGUAUUUCAUUACUGUUAAAUGGAUUGAAUUGCCAACAUCCUUUUGUGUUGUCAUCAAUUCGGCUAGAAUGAUCAACAAAGGACAGUAGCAUUUUUCCUCCUCACGUUCAGAUUUAGAACAGCAAAAAUAUGUGGUUGGCUGAUGAAGGUUUACCAGUCUGUCAGUACUCAUAACUUUGGUACUUUACACAUUUUGACAUUGUCCUCCUUUGGUCAGCUUGCCCAUCCCCAACCAGAGGUCAUAAACUUUGACCCAUAAACCCUAACCCCUGAUUCUCAGCCAGGCUCUGAACCCUUUCACUUGGAGUUGUCCCUAGACACUGUUCCCAUGUCAGUUUGUGUUUCCCCUCUAACAGUUCAUGUUAGGAUAUGGGAGUAGUAAGCUGAUCCUAGAUCUGUGCUGGGAGAGACUUCUCCCCCAAGCUAGGCCGGUUUUAUAAAUGUUCCCAAACUGAUUACUUGUGAGAUUGUUCUCUCUCUCUCUCCCUGAUCUCUCUUCCUUCCUGACCUUGGUCACAUCAUGUUUCAUCAUGGCAGAUUUAUAUGCGCUUGUUCAGAGUGUACGCAUUCUAAAGUCAUUCAUGUCGCUGUAAUAAAUAGGCUAAUAUUUCUUAUUUCUCA